UCAUCAUGUAUUUCACCGUAAUAUUAAUUAUUAUUCUAACAAUUUUAUUUGGAUUAUACUAUGGAAUAGUAGAAUACUUUUGAAAUAAAUUACAUAUGUUUAAUAUUAUCAACGGCAUUCUUGGACCAAAAGCAUUUCCUAUAAUAGGAAAUGCUCAUCUGUUUAUUGGCGACACAACAGCUAUAUUUAAACAAAUAAUAAAUCUUGGUAAGAAUUAUCAAUUAAUGUGGCGUGUAUGGAUAGGCGCGAAAUUACUUGUAAUAGUGGAAAAUCCUGAAUAUAUCAAGACUGUACUCAAUAGUCCAAAUAUUACUGAUAAGAGCGAGGAAUAUGAAAAAUUGAAACCUGUUGUGAGCAAUGGAUUGUUAACUGCUCCAGCAUCAGUAUGGGAUUCACAUCGAAAAGUUUUAAAUAAAAUGUUCCUUUUGAAAAAUAUAAAGUCACAUAUAGAUGUAUUUAUUAAUCAUUCUAUCGCAUUAAUGGAAAAAUUGGAAACUUUUGUUGGAGGAGAAUUAGACAUUUUUGAUUAUGUCUUUCGCCGUACUUUGGAUAUAAUAUAUGAUGUCACGCUGGAUACGCAACUAAAUUCGCUGACAAAUCCGGAUUGUAAAUUAGCUGAAUCAAUAAAAUGUUUGAUGGAUAUAUCAAUAGAAAGAAUCGUUAAAUUAUGGUUACAUCCGAACAUAAUUUUUUAUAACACUGCUAGUGGAAAGAAAUUUCAGGCGUCCUUGGCUUACCUGGAUAACGUAACAAACAAGAUAAUCAAAGAAAAAAUGGAAUCUAUGUUAAGAAGUAAAAUUAAUCGGCAAUUGACGGCGGAAAAGUUAGGUAUAAGACAAAAACAGAAGACACUUUUCGAUUUUUUAUUCGAGUUAUCAAACGAAAGAGAAGUAUAUACGGAGAAUGAUAUUCGCGAUGAAAUGAAUACAAUAAUUAUAGCUGGAAGCGAAACUUCAGCCACAACCAUUAGCUUUGUCCUCUUAAUGCUUGCAACAUUCCGGGAAAUUCAAGACGAAGUAUAUGAGGAAGUUAAUCGAAUUUACUGCUCGGACGAUCCAAAAUAUGUUCCAAUGACAUAUAAUGAUAUUAAAAGUAUGAAACUUUUGGAACGUGUGAUAAAGGAAACAUUACGUCUAUUUCCUGUAGGUCCUGCCUUCGGCCGGAAAGUAACGCAUGAUAUAAAAGUUACUAAAAAUUGGACUAUACCGAAAGGAUGUUCAGUAUUAUUUUUCAUCUAUAAACUACAUAGAAGUGCGAAAUAUUGGCCACGGCCAUUAGUAUUUGAUCCCGAUAGGUUCCUACCGGAAAGGAAUUGUUCUACGUAUUACUUUCCAUUUAGUUACGGUCGAAGAAAUUGCAUAGCUGAGCAGGUUCUAGUAAGGGUUAUUCGCACUAAAUUAGAACGGCACACGUACUUGGUGGUAGAAGAAGAAAAAAAACACCACGGUAGAAGAACUAAGAGAGAUCUUAAAGGCAGCAUUUCAUCCCUCAAGGUCUGUGAAUUACUACAAAGGCUUACUCAAUAG